GGCUUGGCCGGAAGAAUUGAGCCUUGGAACCGCAGUUGGAGGGGGCUGGAUCAGUCAAGCAGCAGUCAGUAGUGGACACCACUGGUUACAAGAGCCACAAUUACCCUGGGUAGGGACCCCGAUCGAUCAUCAUUCACUUCCUGGGACACAACCAGUGCAACGGGAGAAGAACCAGAGGAAGCGAUAUACAACACAGUGGUAGUCGGGACCACGUUAUAUCAUAGAAAUUAUAUGGUUUGGGAACAGACCGCAUUGCGGCUCAUUUAAUAGAGGCAUUUUAUUAUUACGAGGCCUUGAGAGUGUCCCUGCGCAGGUGCUGCUGCUGCCAGCGAAAUACCUCGAGCCGUCACUGGAACUUUCAGCCAGGGAGUCACCCAAUCUCGAGACAGCCAAAACACCAGACCGCAGUCUGCAGUCCUGCUUAGCGAACUAAAAAGUCCACCACCACUACAGUGCGCCUCCUCACUCUCUUCUCAAGUUGCCAUCAUCUUCACUCCGCGUCGUUCAGACAGACACCAAAGAUUCCAUCUCUAUCCGUUGUCCUCGUUUUUGAUCAAGCGGUGUCUGUUCCUGCUUGUCCGGCUGCCUCUGUCCCUGUCCCUGUUGCUGUUUGUCGAGUCCUCGCCAGUUCCAGCAGGUUUUCGAGUCUCCGUUUCAUCGCAUCUCAACUCCGCCAGCCAUCUCAUCUCCGCAGUCUAGCUCCCUCGUGUCCUCGAUUCGAACCGCCACACUCCUUACGAAGCGCUCUCUGUGUUUGUUUCGAUUAAUGAUCUAACGAGGUAUCGAGCUCAGCAAGUCUACCACUGCGCACCAUCAAUCAAAAGAUCGUUCAUCCAGGAAGUUGCACCCACUACUUCCCUCCGGGACCACUCUUGGCUACUCCUGUCCUCCGGAUUUUGCUCUACACCUCGCCUGUUACUUCAUGGACCAUUGCCAAUCCAGAUACUGUACAGUCUAGCCAUAAAGGCAUAAUCUGGACAAAGGAAUUAUUACCAUAUCGAUCUGGAGUGGUCACGGAUCCGUCUCGGAAACAUUGAGUUAACACCUCGGAAGGGUUUCUACCCGUGCAGGGUGAAAGGAAGACACCAAGCUGGGUUGGCUGAACAUUUAUACGAUCAUAUCUGGAGCCUCUCAAUACAGGCAACAUGAGAGAGGUCAAUUUCAGCAUUCCUAAUGUCAACAAGGCCUCGGUCCAUAUUACGACAACUCUCUAUGACCGCCGAGCCCUGGACUGUACUUCGACCCUCCCACUCAUCAACUCCCUCAACCACUUAGCCUAUCUGACCACUUCUUCGGCCCGUAUACGAGACAUUCUCACCGUCGAUGGCGGUAUCGAGCGGCUGGUCUGCAUUUUGAAAGAAGGCCGGAGUAAAGAUGAGAUGCAUAUGUGGAAGUGGAACCUCGCAUUCCAAUGCAUUGUCAAUAUUGGGGUUCGAGGCUCAGAAAAUGUUCGGACGCGGGUAGUGGAAGCAGAUAUGGUCCCAGUCAUCGCAACUAUUUUGUACGACUAUAUUUUGGUGAUCGAAAUGGAAAAAGCCAAGGCCGACGCCGAACAGGAAAAGCGCCAUGGUUCGAAACAUUCUGGGAGUUCCAGAGCGUCCAAACUUUCACGGGAAUUGACACAGGAUUCCACCUCGAGAAGUUCCUUCUUGGAGCACCUCAACGCCACAGAUCAGCGUUCGGCCCGUCGACAAGCCCCUCCCCCUUCACUGGAUCUUCCCCAGUCCUUUUCCCAGUCCUUUACUGGCACAGAUCCAGGUCCUUCAGAAGGAGUCCCCUCUUCCACAGUCCUCACCUCGCCUCCAGAACGAACCGUCUUUCCCCGACGCGACGUGCGUCAUCAUACGAGGGGCCAUGAAAGCAGAGGGUCCUUCCACAGGUCUGAAAACCUGCAACCUCCAGCCACCGCUGUGCCCUCCACGGAGACCCCCGAUGGCUUCCCGCUCCAACCUGUGCGUGAAGUGGACAGACUCCCGUCGAUGUUACCAUCGUUGAACACGGGUGUCACAUCUCGCCCCGAUUCACCAACCACGCCUUCUGCACCGAUCUCCCGGGGAAUACUUUCGCCAACUGGCCGUCGUCUUAGAAGGCCGUCUAUCCGGCACCAAAACUCCACCACAGACGAACCUGAUGAUGAUGUUGUCUUGGGGGAUAUUACUGCGGCUGAGGAAGACAUCAUUGGCCCCGAAGGUGCAACCGGAGGUCGAAGCAGAGGACAGUCCCGCGAACCCAGUCCUCAAGAUCCAAGCGACGAGGCCGAUAGACCCCAACCGCUGCUCCUCACCAUUCCUCCUCAACAAGCCCGAGAGAUAGACAAUGUUGAUAUCGCUCAACAAACACCGAUUGUCGCGGGCAUGGCCAAUCCUCUGGGGCCUACUGCACACGAGGCCAUGGGUGUAUCUCCUAUCCCCACUGCACCUGCCACCGCCGCAUCCCCUGCGAUCCCGCUGAACGCUUACCCGAAUUUUUUUCUGAGGAAUGCUACUGCGACAGCGUCGACGACGGCUCUGAUGCCCAGGGAUGAGGAUGUCUUGAUGGGCCUUCAGUUACUCGCGUAUAUUUCAAAGUACUGUUACCUUCGCCAGUACUUCCAGAAGACCCAUCUUGUCCCGAGACUGCGUAUCGAUCGAGAGGUUGAGCGUAUUUACGGGCCCACAAGGGGUAUACCUCUUCCAGAACCCACCGAAGAUGAUGAAGAGGAAUUUCUACAACCAGACAACUAUAACAUAUUUCCCCUGGUGGAAAAAUUUACAGUCCGACACCAUUCAAAAGACAUGCAAUACUGGGCAUGCGUGGUGAUGCGCAAUCUGUGCAGAAAAGAUGACGCGAGGGGGGGCAUUCGCCAAUGCGCCAAUUACCAAUGCGGAAAAUGGGAGGAGUAUACCCGGCAAUUUGCGAAAUGCAGACGUUGCCGGCGGACUAAGUAUUGCAGCAAGGAAUGCCAACGUGAAUCAUGGAGCAUGCACAGGCACUGGUGUCAUCUAGAAAAUGUUUAUUUAAGCAGGCGAUCCAAUGCAUAAGCUGUUCUUGAGCAAAAUCGCAUAUCCCUGGCGCAUCAUGGGAGGAGCAUUGGCGUUUGUUUGUCGACUGGGGGCUUUUCAGCGGGAAUGGUGUUAUGAUCAGUUCCCAUCCAUGACGAUUCCCAAGAGUUGGUACCAGUGAUUGUACAGCGAGGCGGCGCUUGUGGUCGAGGCGCGUGGAAACUUCUGGGCACAUAUUUACCUACCGACACCCGAUGACAGGACGUGAACAGAACAUAGCAGGAAAGGGCCUUGGGGUUGUCGGUUGACGUUGCGAUGUAUCUAUUGACUGAUGCAGCUGCUAACGCUUCACGAACUGUUUAGCGACUCUAUGUGUAAUAUGAUGACUUGAUUGGCGCAAAAUAUGAACAUCAUGUUCUCCAGUAUAAA